AUGGCUAACUACGGCACCACCACGGUUCACCGAUCAACAGCGUCUCCAGCGGCGGCGGCCGCUGCUAGUACUCCAACCGAUUAUGCAAAGCAUUCGACGCGAAGGAACCUGAGCAAUUUCAAGUUCACGAUCCCCUUCGACAUCCCUUCCUCUCCGGAAGCGGCAGCCGUUCGGAUCAUCGGAAACUUGACCUACUUCCAGUCGUACUACUUGAUCUUCGUCUGGUCGAUCCUCGUCAUCACUCUCUUGCCGGCGCGCGAGGACUCGCUGAAGAUUCUGAUGGCGAUCACCGUCGUGGCGUGCCUGUUCUUUUUGCUGCUGCGAUCGCAUCCCCUGGUGAUCGAGAAACUACUGGUUCUGGCCUUAUUCGCCGUCGUCACCGUGGUGGCGAUGAUCUUGACCGACGCCACCAUUCACUUCUUCGCGACUCUAGCGGGAUCGAUGCCUGUUAUUUUGGUUCACGCCGUCUUGAGGAUCAGAGACGAUCGAUUUUCCGACCACGAGGUCAGUGCCGCCGGCGAUUUGGCGCCUCUUGUAAACAAGACGGCCGGAGAGACUGAGCCGGAGGCUCUGGUGUGA